GCGGAUGACAGGAUGGGUGCUUGCAAAACCCUCUUUACAAUGGGACGCGAUCUAUGCAAUCAGCUGGAGAAUCGGCAGAUAAUUGGCGAGAUCUGAGAGAUGGGCGAUAACGGCGACAAGGAUGAUUGGCUGGAGGGAGGUUGGGAGGCCGGCGAAGAUAAUUGCGGCGACAGCAAAAGUGAGUUCGAUAACAACAACAACAACAACAACAACAACAACAACAACAACAAUGACGACGACGGCGGCAGCAACGACUACGGAAGAAGCGGGGCAGACAGCGGUGCCAGUGUAGCUAUGAUCAACAUGGACAUGAUGAGAGACAUGCCGCUAGCGGACAUGGUGGAUAAUGGGGUUGACAAGGAAAAGAGCCUCGAUCAUGCUAUGUUCAAGGGUUAUGGUCAGAAGGCACUUGCUAUCAAAACCAUCGACGUCAAGGGGGAUGGAAUGAAGUUCAGGAUGCUCCAUGCAGUGAAGUUCCUUAGCAAGACCAAUAAUUAUAAGAAAAGUGGUCAUUACCCGAAGCUUGCGGCUGGUUACCAACUCGUAAUGCCCUUUGUGUCGUUCGAUGUUCCUGUCAAGAGUCUCGCAGGCUUUGCGACGUGCUCUGGCGAUUGGCGCCAUGUUAUGUCUGCAUCACCAAAAGUUGUUAAGGCCCAGGAUAAGUUGAUUACUUACUCGAGGCGUUCAGAAGGGGGUUCAACGGACCAACCAACGAAGAGGAAGAUGCUCGCCACACCUCCUUCCAAACUCGCAGGACCUUACGUGCUCAAGUUUGUCAAAAAUCGGACCAUAUUGACAUACGACUACAGUGACAUCGCUAAAAAAACAUAUGCAUGGUGUCUAAUCGAGAAUGAUGAAGAGAUGAAAAACUCGGACCCGGAAAUCGAUUUGCGAGUCAAACGUUUGCGAGAGGGUGGAGGUGCUGGAGAGGGAGUGCAAAGUAUGCCAGGAUGCAGCAUGCAGAACGAAAAUCUUGAAGGAGGUCGCACGAUCUCUGGAGGUGUGAGUGGUCCUGCACCUGACAUGAACUAUAGGGGAAGUUCCCCUGAAGCAAGAACAACGGAUUCGUCGACGCUCCUUGGAGCACUUGCGAACAAUGUGAUUUACGACAAUUGUUACGGGUUUCACGGAGGGCGAACAACAGGGGGAAAUAUGGGGCACAUCAUGCUCGAAGAUGCUGGAGAGGAUGACCUGGCUGUUCCAGUUGUUUUCCCAAAGCUCAUGCCAAGUGAUGAUAUUAUCGAUGACAUAGUGCAGACCAACAGAUAGUCGUACUUCGUCUGAGAUAAAGUAAAAGAAAAGUUGUUUCAGUGGGGGCAUCACAUCUUAUGACAUUCGGAGACGUUUGAGUUGUGUGUUUACUAAAGGAAGUGGAUGAUGGCACUCCAUCCACAAUCCGGAGUAAAAGUUAAACUCAGAC